AUGAUUGGUCAGAUGAGGGAUGUGGUGGGCGCAGCCACUGCUGGACAGACGUAUUACCGCAGCUGUAUGGACAGCACCAUAAAGUACAUGAACUGCUACAAGAUUCCACGCCCCGUGCAAAGCCGUGUAAAAAAGUGGUACGAAUACACCUGGCAGUCCCAAGGCAUGCUGGAUGAGUCAGAGCUAAUGGUGCAGCUUCCAGACAAGAUGAGGUUGGAUCUGGCUAUCGAUGUGAACUACAACAUUGUCAGCAAGGUGGUUCUGUUCCAGGGCUGUGACCGGCAGAUGAUAUACGACAUGCUGAAGAGGCUCCGUUCUGUGGUCUACCUGCCGGGGGAUUAUGUCUGUAAGAAGGGGGAGAUUGGGCGGGAGAUGUACAUCAUUAAAGCCGGGCAGGUGCAGGUGCUCGGGGGACCAGACGGGCAGACUAUACUGGUCAGUCUGAAGGCUGGAUCUGUGUUUGGAGAAAUCAGUCUCCUGGCAGUCGGUGGCGGUAACAGACGUACAGCGAACGUGGUGGCGCACGGAUUCACCAACCUUUUCAUCCUGGAUAAGAAAGAUCUGAGUGACAUCCUGACCCAUUACCCCGAGUCACAGAAGGUUCUACGCAGGAAAGCAAAGAAAAUGCUUAAAAACACCAGCAAGCCCAAAGACGAGGGUCCGGCCCAGAAGGGCUUCCAGCACAUUAUCCCGCCCAGGCCGGAAACCCCCAAACUGCUGAGAGCGGCCCUUGCAGCCACGGAAAAAAUGGGAUUUUCUAAAUUAAGGCACCGUCUGAAAGUUAAGAAGAGCAUUGAGCCCACGACAUCCAGUCCGGUUCCUCCUGGAUCACCGGUACACCGUCGGUCUCCGGUUCCGCCCCUCAAACCAGAAGAAGAUGAUCCCACUGACAUAGUGUCAGAGUCCGCAGAUAACACGGUCUUCAUAAGAGUCAGCCCUUCUCCCGGAGGAGAUGAGCAGAUCCUGUCUGUGGAAGUGACCGCCCCGGAGGAGGGGAAGAAAUAGAGGGCAACAACCGCCAGACAUGAGGCGGGUCCCAGCUUGUACCACACCGAUAUCACCGCCAUGGUGCAGCCGCGGGGAUCAGCACCCAUUCCUCUGCUCACACCGUAAUGAUACACACAGGCGGCACUGCCACAUUCAUACAGGGUGGCCUGGCAUCUACAGCGAGCGUCUGUAGGGCAGGAGUAACGGAGCGAUCAGCUGUAUAUAUAUUAUACGUAGUGAUCUGUAGCCAGAACUCCACAGCACACUCACCGCCCGGUCACACAUUACCCCAGGGAAUUGUAAGCCCCCAGCACACUCACCGGCCAGUCACACAUUACCCCAGGGAAGUGUACGCCCCCAGCACACUCAUCGGCCAGUCACACAUUACCCCAGGGAAGUGUAC